AUGUGGCUUGUCCGUCCAAACUUUCAAGCAAUGGUAGGUGCCUUGUCACCCGCGCAAAUCACCGUUGUUAUGAUCUCACAAUUCAAUAGUAAGCUCGGACUCUUCCGUACAAGUGUAAAGCUCAAUUCAAUUGAGACCAACAACUCAGUGCACAAACGUGAGGCAGCUUGCACUCAAUGUCUCAGUUUCCAGAAGGUAUGGGUGCAACAGAGCAGAGUCACGACGUUUGAAAUCAAUGCACAUGCACAGUUCCAACGUGAAAUUGAAGACCCGUGA